CGUCAGACAAAUAUAAUCAAUAUGCAAGAUACAAACAUUUUGCAUGGACCAACAGUGUCUUUAAUAGAAUUUAAGAAUAUAUCAUUGGGACAAUUGAUCCUGAAUCAAAUAAGAGUCCACAGUGGCUGGGUAGCACAGAUAGACGCAUAUACACGAAAAACACAUACGUUUAAAGAUAUAUUAGAUAUCAGCCAAAGAUUGGCCAUUGCUCUUGACAAAGAGGGAUUAAGAAAGGAUGACCGUGUAGCUAUAUGCAGUGAAAACAAUCUAGAAUUUAGCAUAGUAGUUUGUGCUGCAUUUUACUUGGGUGUCACCGUUUGCCCAUUGAACCCUCUUUACACAGAAAGGGAGUUGAAACAUGCAUUGAGUAUAUCUAAACCAAAGUACAUCUUCGCCUCGGUUAUUGGAGCGAAGACUGUGCAGAACGUUGCACCUCAAUUAGACUGGCUCUCAAAAUUGAUCAUGUUAACAGAGUCCAAAGACAAUAAACUGUCAUCAAUCAACAGUCUGAUAUCAGAUAUAACAAUUCCUGAUAACUUUAAAGCCUGCUCGGUAGACGUAAACAAUCACGUAGCAGUUAUUUCAUGUUCCAGCGGUACUACAGGUUUACCGAAAGGCGUAAUGUUGACAGAUAAAAACUUCUUGGCCGUGAUACAAAAUAUUGGAGCUGCGCAACCGCACAAUAUGUGUGCCAAUGUAACGUGCUUAGCUUUGUUACCAUUUUUCCACGCGUAUUCUUUUUCCAUGAUACUAGCAAGACUAGUUUUCGGUAAUAAGAACGUGAUUCUGUCGCGUUUCGAUGAAAAGAUGUUCCUACGUAGUAUAGAAAAGUAUAAAAUUGAAAAUAUAACUCUCGUACCACCGCUGAUGGUAUUCCUAGCGAAACAUCCCAUUGUAGACAAAUACGAUUUGUCUAGCAUUAAAGAAGUUUGGUGCGGGGCUGCGCCUUUAUCCGAAGAUAUCGCGAAGAUGGUCGCAAAAAGAUUAAAUAUACCGACGAUAAAACAAGGAUACGGAUUGACGGAAACUACUUUAGCUGUACUCAAGUCGCCGAUUGGUAGUACGAAGUAUGGGAGUGUAGGAAAGUUAGUUCCAGGAGUAUCAGCAAAAGUAAUACCGAUCGACGAAGGUGAAUCAAAUAAACCUCUGGGACCAAAUUGUGUGGGAGAAUUAUGUUUCAAAGGAAACGUUAUCAUGAAAGGAUACUGCGACAAUGAAGAGGCGACAACGGCAUGUAUCGACAAGGACGGAUGGUUCCAUUCCGGUGAUAUAGGAUACUACGACGAGGAGGGUUAUUUCUAUGUAGUUGAUCGAAUGAAAGAACUUAUCAAGUAUAAGGGAUACCAAGUGCCACCAGCUGAACUAGAAGCAAUAUUACUAACGUGUCCUGGGAUUCAAGACGCGGCGGUUGUUGGACAGCCGCACGAAGAGGCGGGAGAACUGCCGACUGCCUUCGUCGUUAAACAAGAAGAUUCUACUCUAACGGCUGAGGAUGUUGCGAACUUUGUCAAUGAACGUGUAUCGAGUCAUAAACGACUUCGCGGAGGCAUCAAAUUCGUUAAGGACAUCCCGAAAACGGCGUCGGGAAAAAUCCUUCGCCGAACACUUCGCGACACGCUCAAACCAAAAUUAUAAAAAGUAUUUUAUUCUAUUUACAUUUAUUUUGAAGAAACUCGAUCAAGUUUUAUAUCGAAACAUAUCUUCGAAUGAGAAUCAAUUUUAGUUUACUCUAGUCACAUGCUCCAGAUAUUUUAACAUUACAUGCAAAUAUAUGAAGAAUCGUUUGUCAUCCAA